AUGAAGUUUGCAGUGAUUGUUGCCGUCAUCGCUGCUCUGGCCGCAGCGCAACCACACGGUCAUAGCCACCGUCAUGGUAGUCGCAGCUUGUCCAAGCGCUCCUUAGUUAAGGCCGCGGUCUAUGCCCCAGGUCCAGUUGAGACGGUCAUUGUCUAUGAGUUAGAUGGCCAUAAGAUCUCCGAGCAAGAAGUCCGCCAGGGUAUUGCGAAUGGCACUCUAGUCUGGGGCGAUGACGGCAAUCUCUCCUCAUCCGCAGUCGCGACUGCUACGCUCACAUCUACUCCGAUUGUAGAGGCGACCUCAGCCGCGAAGCCGACCGCAACUUCAACUGUGCAAGAUCAUUCUUCUGCCCCGGCUGCUCCUGUGCCUUCCAAAAGCCCUCAGUCUCAACCAGCCUCUGCCAACAAUAAUGGUGACUGCCCAGAUUGUGACAAGGAGUUUCCGAACGGACAUCUGCCUUGCAAUCGAUUCCCUUCUGGCUAUGGCGCUCUGCCACUUGAUCACCUGGGCCUCGCCGGCUGGGCUGGCGUUCAGAACCCGGGUUUCUCUGGCGCCGACGGCUUCGGUAAAAUUGAGACGGCUCCAAUUGGUACCUGCAAAGACGGCUCUUGUUGCAAACCCGGGACCUAUUGCUCCUAUGGUUGUUCCGCAAACUAUCUUAAGGCUUCUUGGCCAAAGCUCCAAGGAACUACCAAGGAAUCUGUUGGCGGCCUCUAUUGCAACAACGAUGGGAUGCUUGAAAUGGCAGAUGGCUCGAUCGCAAAGACCCUCUGCGUUAAGGGAACCGAUAAAGUCACUGUAAAGAUUCGGAACAAGCUCAACAAGCCUGUAUCCAUCUGUCGCACCGAUUAUCCAGGCAAGUUAAUCACUAGCACCGAGGGCGAAACGAUUCCUCUGACUGUCGGCCCAGGCGAGGAAGCUGUAGUGGCCACCCCUGAUGAGAGCAAGUACUAUCAUCACUUUGGCAAGGAAACUUCAGCUCAGUAUUAUAUCAACCCUGCAGGUGUCUCGGAGAAAGAUGCAUGCUGGUGGACUGAUGGGUCGAAGCCCCAGGGCAACUGGGCGCCUGUCAACCUUGGUGCUGGAUAUGGCGGGGACGGUGGCCACUAUGCCUACAUUUCCUUGCAGCCAAACCGACCGACGACAAAUGCUGAGCUCGACUACACCGUCGAACUGAUCGCCGAUGAUAUGGACGGAAAGUGCAAAUACGCUAAUGGCCAAUACUGGACUGGCGAGGGUUAUAAAGACAGCGUUGAUGGAGGGUGCACCGUAAGUACAAAUAUAUUUGCUGAUUACGAUGCGCUGACUCAAGCAUCCGUAGAACUGUCUCAGAUCUGGCACCCUCUAUGUUGA